AUGAUCACCCAGCAUCCGCGCCACGCCCUUUCCGUUGUCCGUGCCACACAGAGCGAGAAAGUCGUCGCAGCUAGCGUGAGCCAGCACAGCGGGUUCCUCAAACUUCAAAUCGACCAAGACACGCGUCAACACCAGCCGCCGCCCAAAUACUCCCGGAUGAUCACCGAGCAUCCGCGCCACACCCUUUCCGUUAUCUGUGCCACACAGAGCGAGAAAGUCGUCGCAGCUAGCUUCGAGCUGCAUCGCCUGUGCCCUCGCCAGGGUCCAGAGCGUUGCGCAGAGGACGGCGCCGGCGAGGACGGUCAAGUAAUCGCAGACCAGCACGUACAAGACGAUGGGGACGCUGUACUCGGCGUGCUCGCAACCGGUGAGCCACCAGCGGAAGGAGAUGGUGCACCGGACGGGUUCGUUGUGCUGGCCUGCGAGCGGGGAGACGAGGACGACGAUGGUGGCGGCGGCGGCGGCGGACUGGGGCGCGUUGUUGUGGACGUCGAGAUGCGUGGCGAGCGCAUUGCGCUGCCCAUGUUAGUCGUGAUGCCUGGCGCACGCCUUGACGAUUCAAUCGCCGCAGGCCUCUCCUCGACAUCCACCACUGAAAGUAGAUGCCGUCGGGCAGCCUCAACGGCGCUCAGAGCAGCUCACAAACGCAUACCAGCAGCCUUCAUGGCCUGCCUGGCAGAAGCAUACCCGGGGGACGACGGGAUGCGUGAGUUUCUGCCUGGCAACGGAAUCUUUCGAGACGUACAACGACAAUAUCUAAUUCUUGUUUUGGAGGCUGCCAGAUCACGAAUUGCACCGGCCUUUGGCUCGUUUGGCGCGGACGGUGGCGCUGGCGGCGACACUUGCGAUGAUGAGAAGGUUUGUGAGGCCUUGGAGGGCUAA